GAGAAAAUGGACAGCUUGAUAGCAGGUGGAUUAAGUGGUGCUUUUGAAGGAUUUGUCACUUAUCCUACUGAAUUCGUCAAAACUCGCUCUCAGUUCUCGGCUCAGGGCGUGAAGACUUCUCCGAUACAAAUUAUCAAGUCGACGAUCAGCGAGCAUGGCGUUAAAGGAUUAUACAGCGGUUGUUCAGCACUCGUUAUUGGUAAUGCUGUCAAAGCUGGUGUUAGAUUCCUCAGUUAUGAUUCAUUUAAGAAAAGCCUGGUUGAUAAAGAUGGUAAACUCACAGCCCCUAGAUCGCUCCUUGCGGGCCUUGGAGCAGGUACUACAGAGGCUAUUUUUGCAGUCACACCAUCAGAGACCAUCAAGACAAAGCUUAUUGAUGAUGCGAAGUCGAAGACACCAAGAUUCAAUGGUUUAGUACACGGAACAAGCUUGAUAUUGAAGGAACAAGGUAUCAGAGGUCUCUACAGUGGUCUCGUACCUGUUAUUAUGAGACAAGCUGCAAACUCCGCCGUAAGAUUUACAACUUACUCAUCUCUUAAGCAAUUUGUACAGGGUAACUCAAGACCAGGUCAGACACUCCCUGCAUCAAUUUCAUUUGCUAUAGGUUCAGUAGCAGGUAUUGUUACAGUCUAUUCAACAAUGCCUUUAGAUGUUCUCAAAACGCGUAUGCAAGGUCUCAACGCCCGUACAGAAUACCGUAACUCAAUCCAUUGCGCUUAUAGAAUAUUCACAGAAGAGGGUCUGACUAGAUUCUGGAAGGGUACAACUCCUCGUUUAGCUAGAUUGUCAAUGUCAGGUGGAAUAGUUUUCGCAAGCUACGAGCAAAUUAUGGGCGUUUUGAACAAACUUAAAAAUUAAAGACAGAAACAGAAAAAAAAUGUAUGAUGCGAUAGAACAAGACUU